UGUGAUGAAGGUGAUGCUGCGCACGUGCUGCAGUUCAGUGAUGAGCUCUGACUCAGAGGGGCGUCUGCUUUACCUGUAGCUGGUGAACCGAAGGCAAAAGACCCCCAGCACACUGACGCCCCCCUCAUGGCUGCUGGCCGUGGUCAGUUUUUCCUGAGUUUGAUGCAGGGGCUCCAGCAGGCCCGGCCGGGUGGGCUCAGAGACCGGAAGAAGAAACAUGCAGGUUCUGCACGCGCCGGCAGACAAAGGAGCGAGAACACCAGACCAGCGGAGCUCCCUGUUCCCCAUCCUCCUCCCGCGACCUCCUCCUCCACCUCCAGGCCCUCCUCCCUCCCCACCUUCCACCGUCUCCAUGCCACGUGUCUUCUACAAUUGCGAAAGUUGCCUCCUGAGAUCAUCCUGAAGAUUUUCUCGUAUCUGGAUGCUGAUUCUCUUCUCUGUGUCACGUUUGUCAACAGGCAGUUUCACAAACUGGCAAAUGACAACGCCAUAUGGUACGAGUUAUACGCUCAUGAGAUUGAGAGAAAGAGAUGGAGACCCCGGCUGGCUGUUCAGCCGGAGAGCCCGGCCGGGGUGCAGGACAUGCCUCCGGGCUUCUGGAAGAGGCUGAUCUUCAGGGAGAUGGGAUGCCCCAAAGACACCAGUUGGAAGAAGGAGCUGAGGCACAUUAACCCGUACACAGGCAUGCCAGCACAAACGCAGCAGCUCCUCGGGAGUCUGCGUGUGAGCUGGGAGAUCACUCUGACCCAGAAAGGAGGUCAGGAGAGUGUCUAUAAGCAGAACCACAACUUCUUCUCAGACUCGUCUGUCACUGUGUGCUGGAGCAACGGUGUGUGGCCUCGAAUCCGACAGGUCUCCACUCUGCAGCUCCACGGAGUGAUUCGUCCCUUCACCUCCACUACCACAGACAAGCCGCAGUGGCGCUCUCUCAUCAGCAAAACAGACGUGUGCAGGAUGGAGAGGUGGAAGUUCAUUGGGACAGACAAGCUGGUGAAACUGCUGCAGUUUGAUGAAGGGAUCACUGUGGGGAUCUGGCGGGGCACGUGGACGAUCGCCUUCAUCAUGGCCAACUUGCACUUCCACAAGCUGGUGGAAAGAAGUCUUCUGGGGUCACUGUCCUGUCCCUACAGGCCACCAGAGGUCACCCUGUAUGAUGAUGUGGACCCAGACUACGAUCCUCAGGGAUACACGGUGCUCAUUGUGCUUCACAAUUCAGUCAGACGCAUCAUGCAUCGGCGCUAUUCCCCACUGCUGUGUAGCAGAGACAGCGUUCAUGACGGCUUUGCUCAGUUCCGGCUGACGUCCGAGCACACUCCUGUCCUGGGAAGGAUCAGUUUCCCCUGGAUGGCCGAGAGGGGGCUUCAGGGGGACAUCAAGAACUGCUGCAUGAUGACGGUGACCGUACUGGAUGAGAGUCAGAGGCCGCUUUGGUGCCUCAGCUCGGCCGGGUCCCUCCUGCUGUCCACCUACAACAAUGAGGAGUUUGUGCUGCUGCUGCACGAUGACGCGAAGGGCAGGGUCAGGAUGAGCUUCGCGUGGAUGCAGGACAUGCAGCAGUACUUUCUGAUCGGCCUGCACGUCCGCAUCUCCAUAACCAAACUAAACAAGCGCUUCAAGUGA